AUGAGCUCAAGAAAACAGGAAUGGACACUCAAGCUGUCAACGGAUGACAUUGCGUCCAUUGAAGAUGCAUUGGCAGGCUUCAAAGAGCUCGAGAUUCCGUGGAGAGACCUGUCUCCGAAGUCGUUCGUUGUGUCAGAGGACCUGCGAAAGCGGCUCGAGAAUGCUGCCACUGAGAUACACGGCGCCCCAGGAUUUGUUCUGAUCCGUGGCCUUGAUCCUGCGCGAUAUUCCGUCGAGGACUGCAUCAUGAUCCAAGCUGGCCUCACAAGCUAUAUUGGUUCCACAAGAGGGUACAAUGGUCCGAGCGGAGCGGAUGUCCUGAGCGACGAUAUUGUUUCACCCACGUUCACCAACAAGGCUAUGACUAUGCAUACUGACUUGGGUGAUGUCGUGAGCCUUUUCACUGUGAAUCGAGGAUCUGAAGGCGGAUCAUUUCGCCUGGUUAGUUCAGCUACUGUGUACAACAAGCUGGCCGCGUCCAACCCAGGCGUGCUACGGACUCUCAGCGAGGAUUUUGUGUUUGACACGCUCCACCCGGAAGUUCCGAGCUACAAGAAGCCCCUGUUGCACUAUCACGAUGGCAAAAUCAUCCUCCAGAGCUUUCGGCGUCCCUUUACCGGCUUCGGAAACACCAAAAGGUCAACUGAGCUACCGCCCCUAUCUGAAAAACAGGUCUUCGCCCUCAACGAACUCUACUUCCAGGCAAUCGACCUGUCCAUGAAGAUUGAUUUCCAGAACGGAGACCUACUGCUUUUCCACAACAUGGCCCUGCUCCACUCACGAGACACUUACACACCGGAUGAGAGUAGCCCCCGACACUUGCUGAAGAUGUUUGUCCGCAGCGAGAGCUUGGGCUGGAAUAUUCCACCGGUCCUGGAAGAUCAGUGGGAAGAGCUCUAUGGCAGUCGGACAGUUCCUCGGCAGGAAGAUUUCCCCCCGGAGCCACCCAUUCAUGCGAAGCGAGUGCCUUAUAGUGGCUGGGCCCAAAAUGGAUGA